UCCUAAAAUUUGAAAUCUCAUAGUUUUAGUAGUUAUGUUCACAUCAUCAGGUCUCAUUAUCACUCUUUAACAUUCAUUUUCUUGUUAAGCUCUCUUAGGUUUAAUUAAGCCAUGGAGCUCUGUUCUAGGGUUUGUAGAUGAGAAAUGUCUUAAGGGUCUGUUUGGUUAGCUGCAUAGCGUUUAGAACGCUGUUGCUAGUGCGUUCUAGAGUCUAAAACCACAAUGAGACAUUGUGGGUCUUGUGUCUGAUUGUACUAAAUGUAUUUGGUGGGUUUGUCAGGCUUUGAAGUUGUCCUGUUCUUUCAAAGGGUUAAUAAUCAAUUUUUUACCCAUACAUCUGGUUUUUAAGGUUUGUACUGUUUUCACGUUAGGGUUUUUAACAUACUAAUAGAGAUUUGUUCUGUUUCUUUAAUGGUAGUUCUUAGAGAGGUGAAAAUAAACAAACAUAUUCUUCUGAAUUAUUCUGCAUAAGUCAUGUGUUUUUUGCAGAGAUUAUAUGGGUGCAAUUUUUUAAUUGUUUGUUUGAUUCUGUAGCAGCACAUUUUGACUUAUAGCCUCGCAGAAAGAGCAAACAUAUUCACAUAAAUAAUAAGAAAGAAAAAAAAAAGUAGAUUGGUUUCAUUCAUAUAGAGAAAUGGUAUAGACACAAGUUGCUUAUUCUUUUAUUCCUUCUCUUAUAAAAAUAGCAUUUUCCAAGCAUAAACCAUGAACUCUUCACAACUCUUGAAGAAUAUUUUAAAGGAGUAUUCAUUGUAUAUAUGCAUCCUGAUAUUUAUGUGUUCUCUCUUUUAUAUGUUGAUCACUAUUAUUGAAACAUUCUUUUACUUUGAGCCUUUUUCAUAUAGUUCUUCACUAGUUUCUUUGAUAAAGCAAAGUCCUAUUUAGAGAUAUUACUAAAAAGAUGCUUGGCCCUCCAUUAACGGUCCUUGAUCCAAAUGGAGACUGUGAGACCAAUGGUUGUUGCUCCUAAGGGUAACAAACUCAGACGCAAGUUUGCUAAAGUUCUUAACAUUCAUAAGCUAACGGGUGUUGCUCCAGAAGGAGAAAUGAAGAAGAUAAAGUUCGAUUCCAAAACCGCUAAGUUGUCUGAGUCGUUCUACAAGCUUGAGGAAGAGUAUGAGAGAAGUCAGGGAUUGGAAGCUCUUCUUGCGAAGCUUUUUGCUACGGUUUCUUCGAUCAAAGCGGCUUAUGCGCAGUUACAGCAUUCUCAGUCUCCGUAUGACUCUAUCGGGAUUCAAAAAGCAGAUAACUUGGUAGUCGCCGAGCUUAAGACUUUGUCUGAGCUGAAACAAUGUUUCAUGAAGAAACAAGUGGAUCCAAAUCCCGAAAGAACUCUGGUUCUCGCGGAGAUUCAAGAGCUGAGGAGUCUAUUGAAAACGUAUGAGAUAAUGGGGAAGAAGCUGGAGUCUCAGUACAAGCUUAAAGACUCAGAGAUUAUAUUUCUGAGAGAGAAACUUGAUGAAUCGAUGAAACAGAACAAGUUGACAGAGAAGAGACUUAACCAAAGCGGACAACUUUGCAAUCCACUUGACAAUCUUCACCUAUCUGCGCUAAAUCCAACACAUUUCGUUACUUAUCUGCACCACACAGUCAAGUCCACCAGAGGUUUCGUCAAGCUAAUGAUCGAACAAAUGAAACUCGCUGGAUGGGAUAUUUCAUCAGCUGCUAAUUCGAUCCAUCCCGGUGUGUUCUACUACAAGCAAGACCACAAGUGUUUCACUUUCGAACACUUUGUCUCCAAUGUGAUGUUCGAAGCGUUUCAUCUACCGUACUUCUCAACUUCAAGCGAGUCAAGAAGCUACAAGAAGAAGAAACAGAGCAAUGCAGAUAGAGAAAUGUUCUUUGAAAGGUUUAAAGAACUCAGGUCGAUGAAAGCGAAAGAUUAUCUAACCGCGAGGCCUAAAUCAAGAUUCGCUAGGUUCUGUCGAGCCAAGUACUUGCAGCUUAUACAUCCAAAGAUGGAGCAAGCUUUCUUCGGACAUUUGCAUUUGAGAAACCAAGUUUCUGCUGGUGAAUUCCCGGAGACGAGCUUAUUCUCUGGAUUUCUUGAAAUGGCGAAACGAAUUUGGCUUUUGCAUUGCUUGGCUCUCUCUUUUGAACGUGAAGCUGAGAUCUUUCGAGUACCUAAAGGUUGUAGAUUCUCUGAAGUGUAUAUGAAGAGUGUAGCAGAAGAAGCGUUUUUCCCGGCGGCGGAGAGUUCGCCGGAGUCUGAGCCACGUGUCGCGUUCACGGUUGUUCCAGGGUUUAGAAUUGGGAAGACUUCAAUACAAUGCGAGGUCUAUCUCUCGCUUUCAUGAUCGCCGUUUGAUCUAAGAUCCGAAAACGGACGGUGAAGAUUCUUGGGCGGUUUGGUAAUUUCUGAAAAUGGUGGGGUAUGUUUAGAAAAUUGAGAAAAAUUGUGGGCCGUUGGAUUUGAAGUAGCGAACUAGAGUUGUGUUUAUGUUUUUUUUUUUUCUGUCUUUUGAGUUUUGUCGAUAUUAGUUCAGAGAACACAGAGGCAUCUUUUAGCUGUUGUCCAUUGAAUAUUUAUCUCUUUUUAAUAUAAUAUGUAAAUAUUUUAUA